AUGGAAACUUUUCCAAAAAAUUGGAAAUUCUUCAAAGUUAAUUUUUACGAAACAAAGUGGGAUUUCCUUAUAGAUGGAGGAAUGCAGUCCGUAUUUUCAACAUUUUCCAACAUAAAGCUGAAUUUUAUUAAAUGUUUUCAGAACGAUCAAUUUGAUUUUUCCAGAAUCAAAGGCCCAACAAUUGUUUCAAUUUUUGAAAAAAAAGAAGGCCAAAUAAUUGAUGACUUUGAGGUUACUAUGAAUUAUUUUAUUUUAAAGAUUGAAAGAAAGUCCACAACUAUGAUUAAUGAUAUCAUAAAUAAAAUUCUUUUUGAAUUUGGACUUAACAAAACUCAGUUAUACAGUCAUAUCAUUUCACCAAGAAUUCCUCUUAUUUUUAUCCAAGAAACUUUAUUUAGACUUGGCUGGUUUGAGCCAAAUUUGUCUAUGAUUAAUAUUCCUUUUUUCCCUUUAAAUGCAUGCACUUUUCACACAAUAUUUGCGCGCCAAAUAUUUAAUUUGGAAUUUAAACCAAAAUGCAUAUUACCAUUAUUAACACGAGAUUUUACAUUAUACAGAAUUCUCCAAAAGCUUAUUCAAGAUAAUUCUUGGAUAGCUGACAGCUCUGGUACAACUUUGGAUGAAAUUGAUCGUGAAUUUGAGUUAUUAUUUAGAUAUAAAAGAUUGUGUGGGGUAAAAAACAUACCUUGUCAGGUUUCUAUACAAAAAUUAUCAAAAGAUGAUAAUUUUGAAAAUUCAUAUUCUCCUAUUCAUUUAUUCUUUUCCAAAUCGAAGGAUCAAGUUUCUCGUGAAUUCUUAAAAGCUUUGAAAAUUUCAGGGAAAGUUGUUCAAAAUAGUUCGAUUACUAGUGUAAAUCAUUUAAUGAAAAAUGAUGAGUUCACAGAAAUUAUUCAGAAUGAAAUCCCUAUAUUUUUUGAGUCCCUUUCUCAUUUUUCUCAAAUUUUUCAUAAAUUAAUAUUAUGUCAAACUUUUUGUGCUGGACAACAAUUAUUGGCUUAUUAUUUAUAUAUUGUCCUUAAAUUUAUUAUACCAAUAAAUGAUAUCAGGAAUUUAAUUAACAACCAAACCAUGAAUAUUUCUACUAAAAUAGAAGAAACUUUAUCAUCUAAUUCAAAUUUAAUGAAUAUUGAAUUCUAUAAUACUAAAGUUAUUGAGAAUUUUCAAUUUGGAUUAUUAUAUUUAACAAAACUCGUUUUUCACAUUAAUAAAAAUUUUUCAGAUAAAAAUCAAUGUAACGGAAAUAUUGGGGAAGUGUUAAAUAAUGAUCCAGAAUUCAGCUGUGCUGUUCAAGACGUCACUUUAUGGCUCUCUAAGUUUUUCUUAGGAAGAUCGGUCUGCGAUUGUUCACUAAUUAUAACAUCUUUAUACACCAACAAGCAUUGUUUAUGCCCUAAUUAUUCUGAUUUUAUGCCGAUCAAGUCAAUCUAUCUAAAUAGAAAAUUAAUCCCUAAUUCUUAUACAGAGCUCUAUAAUGAGGAAAAUUUUAACGCUUGGGCUCGAAUAAAGAUUAUUGAUAUAUCAAACAAACCCUUGGAAAAGAUGGUUUAUUGGAAGUCUCAAUUCUUAAAUUUAGUUAAGAAGUUAAUUAUUCAUUAUAAAAAUACGAGAAAAUCUAACAAAAAUUUGAAGAUCACGAAAAUAUGUUAA